AUGAAACCUGUUAUUUUUAUGAACACAGAAAAUCUUUUUAAAAUGGAAACAAGUGUAGUACUUGUUGUGCUAAUAGGCUUACCAGGAGUUGGUAAGUCAUCAGUGUGUGAAAAACUUCCAUUAUAUUUAAAGAAAAGAUGUAAAACACAGACAAUUAAUAUAAUUCAUGUUUGUUAUGAUCAUCUGAUUCCUUUAUCAGUUCAAGUGAAAUUUGCUCAGCUUAGACAGAAUGGUGAGGAAGAUGAAAAUGAAGGUGAAAACUGGAAAAGUGCAAGACGUGCUGUGUACUCCAGAGUUGACCAGCUCAUUGAAUGCUUAACAACAAAAAAUCUGAAUUUAUUUGUUUUGAAUUUCUUUAGCUUAUCAAGUACAGUAAUAGAAAAUGAUGCUCUGUUUGUGAUCCUAUUAGAUGAUAACUUUUAUUAUAGGAGUAUGAGAUAUGAAUAUUUCCAGUUAGCAAGGAAGUACACAAUUGGAUUUUGUCAGUUAUAUAUAGAAUGCACUACAGAAGUGGCUGUCAGUCAAAAUAUGCAGAGGGAAAUUCGUGUACCUACUAUUGUGGUUAAGAUGAUGGGAACAAAAUUACAACCUCCUCUGCCAAGUGAGCACAAGUGGGAGUCUACCACAUUUGUUCUUCAGUCAGAUAAUUUUGAGGGAUCAGAUGACAUAUGGAAUAUGAUUCACCAGUGUUAUAUGUCACCUGUACCUCCAUUAGAGGACCGGGAAUUAGAAAUUGCAGAAGCACGCUUACAAUGUUCCCGCAGUGUUGCUCAUCAAGCAGACAUAUAUUUGCGAUCACUUGUAGGGCAGGUAAUCAAGGAAGCACAGCUGAAGGGUAAAGUAGUGUCCGGUGACUUGUCAGCCUUGUCUCGGGGUAUAAAUGCUGGUCGUCAGUCUGUCUUGGCUGCUGUGAGGGAUGGUACACUCUGUUUUCCUUAUAAUGUAGCAGAGGCUGUAAAUGAUGAUAAUAGAGAAGAAUUUCAAUCCUUUCUAGAGUGUGAACUAAGAAAGAAGUUGCCAUAAGAGAUGAUAUUUGUUACUGGUACUGUAAUGAAAAUAUUUAUCAUGGAAAGGACUUGGUAGAUAACAUUUGAAGAGAUAUGUAUUAUUUUUCCACUAAGUGUUUUAGGACCAAGUGUACUGAACCAAUUAUAUUUGCCCUUUUCUCUUUCUCUCUCACACACACACACACACACACACACACACAUCCUUGACCACCGUAGGGUCAAGACCUAUUCAGGCGCUGCUCUUGCUGAGCAGCGACUCCCCUUGGCCAUGUCGGCUCAUUCCUGAAGUCCCUCUCCCUGAUCCAUCCUUAGCACCGGGAUAUCAACGUAAUAAAAAAUGACAAUUUCGUUUCGGAAUGAAGUGGGAUCAGUGUUGAACAGUGUAUAAGCCAGUGAAUUCAGCACUAGACAGUACCAGUGAGAGCCAUGACCCAUUAGUGAGAUAAGCACCCAUGGGAAACAUUCUAGAAGGACUCCCAACAAUUAAACUUAUUUUAUGAUUUUUUUAAUGGUUUUAGGAUCUUAUAGUUCAUGAAGUUUACUUAGUUUUAAAGGUAAAAAUUUUCAUUUUCCAUGGAUUCAGCUUCUUGCUUCCAAUUUUACAAAAUUACUGUACAGGUAAUUUGAAAAGAAUUGUAUUGAUUUGUCACUUCAUUAAGAAACUUCAUAAACAGUUACAUUUGUUAUUGUACAGUACUUGGGAACAGCAUGUAAUAAAAAAGUUUAAUAGACAAACAAAUU